AUGGAUGGUUUAGAGCAACAAAAACUGGCGAAACAGCAAGAAUUAGCAGCCCUUAAGAGAAUUACUGCACUAACAGAUCAAAUGAGGACUGAAUUAGAUGAGAUGAGUAUUGAGGUGAGUAAGAUUAAUAAGAAUGCAGAGUCUGUGGCUAAUGUUAUGGCUAACUGGGACUCUAUAAGGAAGUAUAUAUCCGAGGCGAGUUUGGGCUUACUGAGGUACGCCGAAGGAGAUUAUCAAGUCGGUGCAUGGGAUGGUAAAGAAAACAAGUCUGAUAAGUCCAAUGCUGACAAGUCAUAUCAAAGUGAUGAUGAACAUAAAACGGAACCACUACCAGAAGCUCUCGUAAGAAUAAGCGUUGCAAAUAAUGAAGAAAGCAGGAAAUAA